UUUCUCUCUACAUCAUUGAGAUACUACUACUAGUCCCACUGCUACUCUUCCUCCAAUCUCCAUCCAUCUCCACUUCAAUGCGAAUCCGAGAAAAUUCGAAAUAAAGAAAAGGAAAUUCCGAAAAUACAAGGCCCCUCCCCGCUUCUUCUCUCAUAAAGGAGUGAAGUUCAAGCAUCGUCCACCACCACCACCAGCAGCAGCUGCAGCAGCAGCAGCAACAUCGUCUUUUAAGAUAGCACCAAACUCCUCCCCCCCCCGCAGGCUUUUUCCCUUCAAUUUAUGCCCCCUUCCUCCUCCUCCUUCUCUUCCCAACUUCGCCAUUCUCUCCCUCGCUCUCUCUCUAUCUCUCUCUCUCUCUCGCUUUCUCGUCGAUGGAGUUCGACCUCGAGAACCCGCUGCCCCUCUGCUCCGAGACCCUCGCCUCCCUCUUCCUCGUCGAGCCCGACCACAUGCCCGGGGAGCAGUACGUGAGGGGCCUCCGGGACGGCGGCUUCGACGUCGCCGUCCGCCGCGACAUCGUCUCCUCCAUCUCCCGCCUGUCCUCCCGCUUGGACCCCCUCUCCUCGUACCUCGCCGUCAACUACCUCGACCGGUUCUUGUCCUACCAGAGCUUGCCGCACCUGAGCCCGUGGGUCCUGAGGCUCCUCGCGGUGUGCUGCGUUUCUCUGGCGGCGAAAAUGCGGAACACGGACUUCUCGCUCGCUGACUUUCAGGGCGAUGGAGGUUUCGUGCACGACUCGCGGACCAUACAGAGGAUGGAAGUGCUCAUCUUGGGAGCUCUGAAAUGGCGAAUGCGAUCCGUCACUCCCUUCUCCUUCGUCGCUUUCUUCACGUCCCUCUUCAAGCUCAAGGACCCACCUUUGAGGCAAGCCCUGAAUGCUCGAGCCACGGAGAUCAUCUUCAAGUCCCAGAACGACGUCGAGCUCAUGGACUUCAGGCCAUCGGUCAUUGCGGCAUCGGCUCUUCUCUCUGCCUCUCACGAGCUCUUCCCCUUGCAGUUUUCUUGCUUCAGAACAGCCAUUUUAAAUUGUUCGUAUGUAAAUAAGGACGAAUUGUUAGAUUGCUACAGCGCGAUGCAGGACGUGGCGAUGGAGGGAUACGAGUCGGUUUUCGAUGUCAUCUCGAGGUCGGACACCCCCAUCAACGUGCUCGACCAGAGCUUCUCGAACUCGGAGGACGGCGACGAGAAGGCCACCGGCGGCGGCGGCGGCGGCGGCGGCGGCGCCAUCUCGACCUCCACCAUCACGAGGACCUCGCUCAGGUCGGAGAGGCUACUGAAGAGGAGAAAAGUCGCUGACCACUGCUGCGACUCGUCGUCUCGCGCCUUCCAGCUUUUGCAGUUCCAACAGUGCAGACGCCCGGGGCAUUGAUGGUGAGGGGGCGAUAAAGAACCGAUCCAAAGCGAUGGGGUCUCUGUUGGGAGCGCGACUCCUCCGAACGGCUCAGGAAGAAAACGCAGACGAAGAGGCUGAUGAGCGGUUGGUGGAUGUUUUUCGAUUGGGUGAAGAAUCUCGCGCUGGCAGGAGGGGGAAAUUCUCGUUUUUGCAAUUCCUUGUCUUAUUCACGGGACCAAAUGGAGACAAAUCAUAACUUUGAGUUGUAGGGUUGAGCUCGAGAGAGAGAGAGAAGAGAGAGA